UGCUUUUUUUAUGUUCACGUUGCGUCAGCGUUGUUAGUGGUUAGUCGGUCUGUAUGCUGCUUUAGUCGCUUAACAAAUGCAGACGCUCAUUGGUGUCUAUUGAAACAGUUCCACUGAAGUGAGCGGCACGUGCCACCCUUAUCCGUCCGUCAGAUAUCCGAACCCGAACUCUUGUACAUUCGACGUAGAAUGUGCCUCUAUGAAAUAUCGGUCUACUUUACAAGGCGUGUACCUGGACAACGGUAAGCAACGCACUGGGUGACAUUCCGCUCUACUUCUAUGGAAUUCAACCGUUUGGGUGGACUGGCAAUAAAUAAAACCUGCUGAUUGGAUUACAAAGUAGCCCAAUUUCUUAGUUCUUCAGCCACCAUCAUGGAGGAUUUUUUUCUAGCCUAGCUGGUUCUGGCAAACCCACAUUCACUGCGUGCAUUAUCCGGCCCAGGUGUCUGCACCCACAAGAGGAAUCCACAUCAGCUGCCUGGAGCUUGUCUUGUCUUCCUUAGCAAUGCAACACUGUGAGAACUAUGACAAACCAGUCCAAUUCUUCUACAAUUACAGCGGGAAGUACAUCACAGACGAUUGGUCCACAAGAGACUAUGUGGUGCUCGGUGUUGGGCUCACAGUCUGUGUCAUUGUCAUACUGUCCAACAUAUUAGUCAUCACUGCCAUCAUAAUUAACCGCAAUUUCCACUUUCCCAUUUAUUACCUACUGGGCAACAUGGCGGCAGCGGACCUGUUUGCGGGGGUGUCCUAUGUCAACCUACUCUUCCACACGGGGCCGUACACCAUUGGUCUCUCCAAGCACCAGUGGUUCGUCCGUGGGGCCCUGGUGGACAUGAGCCUGAUGGCCUCAGUGGCCAACCUCCUGGCGGUGGCUGUGGAGCGGCACCAGACCAUCUUCACCAUGCAGCUCCACAGCAGCAUGUCCAACCGGCGCGUGGGGCUGUUGAUCCUGGGUAUCUGGGCGGUGGCUGUGUUCAUGGGCCUGGUGCCUUUCAUGGGCUGGGACUGCAUAUGCGACCUGGACGCCUGCUCCAUCACAGCGCCCCUGUACAAACGCAGCUUCCUGGCGUUCUGGGCCAUGCUGAACCUCAUCAUGUUCUCCAUCAUGGUGGCCAUGUACGCGCGCAUCUUCGUCUACGUGCACCGUCGCUGCCGCAGCAGGCCAGCCCUGGAUGUUGACCAGCUGAAUUACGAGACCGUCGUAAACCUGAUGAAGACUGUGGCCAUAGUUCUGGGUGCUUUUGUCAUCUGCUGGACCCCAGGCCUUGUGAUUCUCCUUCUGGACGGGUUAAACUGCAAGGUUUGCCAGGUUCUGAAGUAUGAGAAGUACUGUCUGGCCCUGGCUGAGUGCAACUCGCUGGUGAAUCCCAUCAUAUACUCGUACCGGGAUGAGGACAUGAGAAAGACAUUCAAGCAGAUUCUGUGCUUCCUGUGCAGGACUGAGGGUGACCAGCAGGGGGAGCUAUCCCCUGUUGAGUUCAAGAAGAAAGACGGUUCCAAACGCAGCUCUUUAAGACUCCCUCUGUUCUCAGUAAGCAGCACCGGAUAAAGUUGUUCUGUGCAUAGGACACUUCUUUUAUGGAAAACAUGAUUAUGGUGCAAGUUGCGACUGAUGAGCAUAUAAGUGGGCAUCCAAUAUAUUGGUGUUUGGUGACAAGGGUGUGUUCCUUGUGAAAGAUAAAAAGUUAUAUUAUCACAAAUGACGCAGCACUUCAUGUUAAUGUUGUAUAAUAUGCAUUGGUGGAGUUCUAGAAUUAAGCAAUAAGCCCUGAGAGGCAGUAGGUUACACUGAUUUACAGCUAAACAACAGCUAAAGGGCAUUGUUAGGCACAACGCGUUAGCGGAUCACCAUGCAAGAAUGUAAUUCACCAAAGGAAGGUGAACAGAACAAUGCUUUCUCCAAUCUGUGCAGCUGAUGCAGUGACCUGCUUUACAUUUAGACCAGGGAACUGCCCAGUACAGGCCCUGCCCGUCUACCACAGGACACCAAGCUACAGCCCUGGGACAACAGGGAUGUAAAUGCCUUAUUGGCGAUUCACAGGGGCAGUUGAUUAGAAAGGUGGUCAAGGCAGAGAAUAGUGCCCAGUUGUGCCAGCUGUCCAGAUAUCCCAGCUGGCCUGGGAAGGAUUUUCUCACAUUGGUCCUGUCUACUGUUGGAAAAUGAGGCUAGAUCAGCUAUUAAAAUGUGUUGUAAUCGUUCACCCUAACAGUGUCCAUCUAUAAUUUUACAUUGUAUUGCAUAUAAAUACACACCAUCAUAUUUUGUUUCAUCAGCUUGGUAUAACAAAUAAAACAUGUUUAGCCUUUU